UCAUAUGCACGAAAUGCAGCAGAUCCACAAGUCUCAUCUGCAGAAGAGGUUUCAGUGUCUGAUUGAGGGCAGCAUAGAACAGGGAAACUCCACAGAAAUGAAAACGUUCUACACAGAUCUCUACAUCACAGAAGGGGGUAGGGAUAGUGUCAAUGAUGAACAUGAGGUCAGACAGAUAGAGAAAGCAACCUGUGGAGAAGAGAAAUUUGGCAGACUAAUCAAAUGCAGAGACAUCUUCAAAACUGGAUCUGGACAAGACAUACCCAUCAAAUCAGUGCUGACUAAGGGAGUGGCUGGCAUUGGAAAAACAGUCUCUGUGCAGAAGUUCAUUCUGGACUGGGCUGAUGGGAAAGCCAAUCAGGAGGUCCACUUUAUAUUUCCUUUUCUUUUCCGUGAGCUGAAUCUGAUGAAGAAAAUGAAGUUCAGUCUGGUGGGUCUUGUCCAGCACUUUUACCCCAAGGUAAAAGCCGAAGAAAUACUCACUAGUUCACAGCACAGAGUAUUGUUCAUCUUUGAUGGUCUGGAUGAGUGUCAACUUCCUCUGCAGUUCAACCACAGCUCGGAGUGUGACGUGACAGAGCAGGCUUCAGUCAACAUGUUGCUGACAAACCUCAUCCAGGGGAAUCUGCUUCCCUCUGCUCUCCUCUGGAUCACCACCCGACCAGCAGCAGCCAGUCAGAUCCCUAAGAAAUGUGUGAGCCAGGUGACAGAAAUAAGGGGUUUCAACGAUCCACAGAAAGAGGAGUACUUUGGGAAGAGAAUCAGAGAUGAGAAUCUGGCCAACAGAAUCAUCAGACACCUUAAGUCAUCUAGGAGCCUCUACAUCAUGUGCCACAUUCCAGUCUUCUGCUGGAUUGCAGCCAUUGUUGCAGAGAGAACAUCAGAAGACAAAGCUGAAAUGCCAAGGACUAUGACUCAAAUGUACACCCACUUUCUCAUCAUUCAGACAGGCAUUAAGAAGGGCAAGUACACAGAGAGAAAAGAGACAGAAGAAGAGAUCAUUUGGAGACUUGGGAAACUGGCAUUUCAGCAGCUGGAGAAGGGCAACCUGAUCUUCUAUGAGGAAGACCUGAGGGAGGCUGGCAUUGAUGUCACAGAAGCAUCAGUGUAUUCAGGAGUGUGCACUCAGAUCUUCAGAGAGGAGAAGGAUGUGUACCAAGCAAAGGUGUUCAGCUUUGUGCAUCUGAGCAUUCAGGAGUUCCUUGCAGCAAUGUAUGUGUUUCUCUGUUUUAGUAACAGAGACAGAAACAUGUCUGACCAGGAGCCAACCUCUCAGCUCUCUGCUCUGUUCAGAGCUGAAACACUUCAUGACCUGAACAAGACUGCAGUGGAUCUGGCCUUACAGAGUAAGAAUGGACACCUGGACCUUUUCCUCCGCUUCCUUCUGGGCCUCUCACUGGAGUCCAAUCAGAAACUCCUAAAACACCAACUGCCAAAGAACAAUAACCAAUCACAGAGCUCAGUGCAGACAGUCCAGUAUGUCAAAGAGACGAUCAGAGACAAAAGUAGUUCAGACAGAAGGAUCAACCUGUUUUACUGCCUGAAUGAGCUGAAUCAGCAUGCUGUAGUGGAACACAUUGACAGGAAGGAAGAACAGCUAUCUGUAGAGAUGCUCUUACCAGGAGAGUGGGAGACGGUGACAUUUAGACUCGAGAUGUCAAAAGAGCAGCUGGUUGGGUUUGACCUGCAAAAAUGCAUGAGGACACCAGACAAAGAUCAGACGGAACUCCUCAGCCCUGAUGAUGUUCUUCAGAAGCUGGUAACAGUGGUCACAGCGUCCACAUAUGCAGUGCUGAUACAGUGUAUGCUGAGAGAGAACAGCUGUACCUACCUGGCCUCUGUCCUGUCCUCUCACUCCUCGCGUCUCACAUGGCUGGACCUGAGUGGCAAUGAUCUCUGUGACUCUGGAGUGGAACUUUUAUGUUCUGGACUUCAAUAUCAACACUGCAAAUUAGAAACACUAUGUCUGGAGAGGUGUAAGCUUACAGAGAAGAGUUGUUCCCACCUAGCCUCUGUACUGUCCUCACACUCCUCACAUCUUACAUGUCUAAACCUGUGGGGCAAUGAUCUGUGUGACUCUGGAGUGGAACUUUUAUGUUCUGGACUUCAGCAUCAACACUGCAAAUUAGAAACACUAUGGCUGGUUGUCUGUAACCUUACAGUGAAGAGUUGUUCCCAUCUGGCCUUUGCCCUGUCCUCACACUCCUCAUGUCUCAAAGAGCUGAUCCUGUAUCGUAAUGGCCUGAGUGCCUCAGAUGUUGAGCAGCUCUCUGCUCUGAAGAAAGACCCCAACUGUAGUCUGGAGACACUGCUGUGGUGAUAGUCUAGCAGCUGAGCAGCAGAGAAAAGCCCUGAGAUGAUACCAGCACACACAUUUUACUUCUUUAUUUCGAUU